UCUUUGCUUUGGUCUUUGCUUUGGCCUUUGCUUCUGCCUUUGCUUUGGCCUUUGCUUUGGUUUUUGCUUUGGUCUUUGCUUUGGCCUUUGCUUUAGCUUUUGCUUCAGUCUUUGCUUUGGCCUUUGCUUUGGCCUUUGCUUUGGUCUUUGCUUUAGCCUUUGCUUUGGCCUUUGCUUUAGUCUUUGCUUUAGCCUUUGCUUCAGUCUUUGCUUUGGCCUUUGCUUUGGCCUUUGCUUUGGUCUUUGCUUUAGCCUUUGCUUCAGUCUUUGCUUUGGCCUUUGCUUUAGCCUUUACUUUGGUCUUUGCUCUAGCCUUUGCUUUGGCCUUUGUUUUGGCCUUUGCUUUAGUCUUUGCUCUG